CCUCUGCCUCAUUCCAGAGAUUCCUGAGAAAAACUGUCACCUUUCCAAAAUACCACGCAGGCCUGUUGCCGCUUCGCUCACAGCAGCACGUUCCAAUUCUCCAGCCCUUCCCAUUCCGACCCCAAGGAGCGGGCAGGAUCUCCUUGGAUAAGCCCAAAUUAACCCUAAAGAAAGCAAAGUUCAGAGAAAGUUUCUCCUCCAUCCAUCCAAUCAAAGCUAAGCGCUUGGGGUAUCUUCUGUAGGUAUUCUUCCUGCCUGACACCAUAGAGACCAGUGCGAGGGCCAGCCCCUCCCAGGAGAUGGGGGAUGCUGGUGAGAAGGGUCUGGACAACGAUGCGGAAGGGGUCUGGAGCCCUGACAUUGAACAGAGUUUCCAAGAGGCGCUGGCAAUCUACCCACCUUGCGGGAGACGCAAGAUCAUUCUGUCAGAUGAGGGGAAGAUGUAUGGUCGCAAUGAACUCAUUGCCCGCUACAUCAAACUGAGGACGGGGAAAACACGGACAAGGAAACAGGUCUCUAGCCACAUCCAAGUACUGGCACGGCGGAAGACCCGUGAGAUUCAGGCCAAGCUCAAGGACCAGGUUGCCAAGGACAAAGCCCUUCAGACCAUGGCAGCCAUGUCUUCUGCUCAGCUGGUGUCCGCCACAGUCCUCCAGGAAAAAUUGGGCCUCUCAGAGCCCCACUAUCCACCCACCACCACGUCGGCAGAGUUCUUCCAGUUCUGGACGGGGGAUGCCAACGAGCCUCCGACCACUCCGGAUGUCAAGCCCAUCCUCCAAGCCCCAUACGCCAUCGCACCAAUCACAGCACCCCCUGCUUCCCCAGGUUAUCACACACCCACAGGGAGACUCUCCCACCUCCCCAGUACAACCUCUUGGCAGGGAAGCCACAUUGGUACGGAGACACUUCGACUGGUGGAGUUCACCGCUUUCGUGGAGCCGCAAGGCGAACAAGAUCCGCAGCAGCAGCAUCGUUUUGUGCACAUCGAUUCCGCGCCUGCCACGGACUCACCCCUGGAGAUGGUGGACGUGCGCCAAAUCUACGACAAGUUCCCCGAGCGAGGAGGCGGGCUGCGAGACUUGUAUGACCAAGGCCCUCCCCACGCCUUCUUCUUGGUCAAGUUCUGGGCUGAUCUGAGCUUUCCCCUCCCCGAAGAAGAGCCAGGGGGCACAGGAGGGGCCUUCUAUGGGGUGAGCAGCCGAUACGAGGGCCCACGGGCUCUGACUCUGAGUUGCACCUCCAAGGUCUGCUCCUUUGGCAAACAGGUGGUGGAAAAACUGGAGACGGCCGAGCCGCCCCAUUGGGAAGACGGACGCUUUGUUUUCUGCCUGCCGCGCUCUCCGCUCUGCGAGUACCUCGUUAAUUUUAUCCGCAAACUGCGAACGCUGCCGGAAAAGCCAAUGAUGGAUAGCGUGCUUGAAAACUUCACCAUCCUGCAGGUUUUGCGGGAUCAAGAAACUCAGGAGUUGCUCUUGUGCGUGGCCUUUGUGUUCGAAGUCUCUGCCAGCGAGCGGGGAGCACAGCACCACAUCUAUCGGCUGGGCCGGGACUGAUGGAAGGUUUACCUCAACGUUGGCGUGACCUGAAACGGGCCACCCUCCUCUUGACAACACGUGCCAGGACAGUAGACUGUGUGAACUGCUGAGCCUUCUGGGAGAACCUGUUUCUGUCCCCUGGCAACCAUGGGGGACCUCCAGCAACCAACGCGGUCAACAGCCACCUCCCUUCCCUGGUUACAACAGGGCUGACGGUCCCUACUCUACAAUGGCUCCUGUUGUUCAGUGGACAUACUCUCUGCCACAGCAACAGCUUUGGAGAUCCUGGCCUGGCUCAUGAAGGGGGUUGGGCUUUUGGCCGAUCCUUGUCACGUAGGAUGGGAGCAGUGGAUAACCUAUGUGGCCCCUCCCCGAUGUGUGUGGGAUGGGUUUCACACUCCACAGUAAGACACACCAUUUCUUAGUGUUGCUUUAUAAAAUGGGCGAAGACUGAUGCCAUCCAGCAGAGAGGGAGAAUUUUCUGGGCUGGAUCACGUCCGGUUGCAAGCAUGGAUUUACGUGACUGACCGGCUCUGGAUUGAAAAACAAAAAUCUGGCACACAGAGAACUUCCUGGCCCUUUCUGUCAGCCUUUUUAAUGAGUCAUAGACAUGCUUGUUUUCUCUGCAUAGAGAACUUUAUCCCAUCAUUGGUGUGUGUGGGGGGGAAUCCCAUCGCAGAAUGAAGUGACACAGCCCAGCUCUCACUGCCUAAGAAGACAUGUACUUUGGCCUGAUUGAAACAUGACACUGACGGUAAAAGUAGAAGAGCGAGAUUUGAGUCCCGUCGCACCUUAAGAGACCAACAAGCUGGGGGGGGGCUUUUGAGAGUCCAAGCCCCCUUCGUCAGAUACCAGGGUAGAAGUCCUUAGUCCUGGGCGUUCGCACUCAGCCUGCAGCUCAUUGAAACUGGUCUGCUACAUGUAUGUCAUGACUCAGGUCAUGUGAUGCCAGCCAUGCCUCUUUAGUUAAAAUAUCAGGCCAACACCUACCCAUGUGCCCAGUCCCUGACGUGCCACCCAGGCAAGGUCUCCUAAGUCAGGCCUUUUUGUCUCGCCAGCAUCAGAGUUUAAAUGGGGUCUAAGAGGGGGCAAGGGAGGGAACACUUGCCCAAAGCUCGAGAUGGCGAUGAUGCAGGUUGUUUUAAAAGGGAAUGUGUGCCAGACCCAGCCGGGGUUCACGCCC